AUGGACGAGACGGGCACCCCCAACGACUUGAGCUGGAGGCGCGCAUGGGAACCCUUGCGGUCGGCCGCCCUUCAUGAAGGAUACGGCCGACGGGCCACGGUGGGUGAAGGACCGCGCCCCAAAUUGGACGGCGUCCAAAUAGCCGCAAAGCAGCUCGGGUUGGUCGAGCGCGAAUCCGAAAAGUGCGCGGCCGAGGAUCGGGACUAUCUGCGCGAAUCGGAGUUUCUGCGCAACUUGCUUGCCCUCGAAGAUGAGCACAUAAAGACACUGCACGCCUCCCUCCGGGAAGCGUAUGCCCGCCGAGCAAAGAUCCAAGAGAACUUCAACGCACGCUGGAGAGACCCGGCCCAGGUCGGGACCGGACACAGGCUCUCGAUCAUGAAGUGCCCAGUUGCGUUCAUGGGAGUGAAAGACGCCUUCCGCAAUCUGGCGGACACGGAAGCGCGCUUCCGUGCGGAGGAGGUUGAAGACGGGGGUCGGGGUGACAUGGCCGGGCGGGACGAGAACAAGGAGAACAACCGGCCUGCGCGCAUUCGGGUCUCGUUCGUCGAGCCGCUCAGUCAGCGAAGACGCCGGUUUAGAGGAGGGGAUGAGAAGCCGCCCCAGGCAGGUAUUGCCGAUGGCGAGGUCGCAGCAGACAGGAGUGUGGAGAGCUGGCUCGCCGAGACUCUGAACGCUUCCCUUGAGAGUAUGCCUAACCCUCUGGAGGCAGAAACGGGUGACACAACGGCAUCUUUAUCUUGGAAUGGCCCGGAGGAAGAUCAUAUUGGACUGCACCCCCGUCACGAGGGAUCGGGCCCGGAGACAUCGGCGAGGAGGCAUGGACCGCCGAGCCAAAGGCAGAAAGCAGCCCAAGGCCGGGGCUAUCGACAUUCGCCGUACUCGCGGAACCCCCUCUGA